CGAAUACCUACAUAACUUGGGAUUUUAGGAAAACAAUUAUUAUUAAUUAUACUAUAUUUUGUUUAAUUUAACUUAUAUGUGAAUACUUAAAUGAUCAUCAGAAGAUUUUUCGCAAGUGCUGUAGUAUUAAGGCUAGCAUAUUUUUGUACCAACUCUGCACAAGCAGUGAGCCAAAAUAAGAUAAAAAUGAACUAUUUGUCGCAAGCAAAUGCAGCAGCACUUGAUCAAGAGUUGUUCAACGAAUAUAAGUUCAGUGUUGAUCAGUUGAUGGAACUAGCUGGACUGAGCGUAGCUACGGCGGUAGCUCGUGUGUACCCUCCAACUUCGCAUAAGUCUGCUCUAAUAAUAUGUGGCCCGGGUAACAACGGGGGAGAUGGUCUAGUGGCAGCUCGCCAUAUGAGACUAUUUGGCUACAAUGUUGCUGUUUACUACCCCAAAAGAACACCAAAGCCACUAUACGAAAAUCUUCUCUUACAAUGUGAAAGAUUUGGUGUUGAAAUUCUCAGUAACUUGCCUGCCACAAAUGAUAUAAAUACAAAAUAUAAUCUGUUGGUAGAUGCAUUAUUUGGAUUCAGCUUUAAGCCACCUGUCAGGGAGGAAUUGAAACCAGCCCUGGAUGCAUUAAUUGAUUCAGCAUUGCCAGUGUGCAGUGUUGAUAUUCCUAGUGGAUGGAAUGUAGAAAAGGGGCCAGACUCUGAAAAUGCUCUAAAGCCUUCUCUUCUAAUAUCUCUCUCAGCUCCGAAGAUGUGUGCGCAACCUGAUAUACUGAAAGAUACAAAACAUUACUUAGGAGGUAGAUUUUUACCCCCUGGUAUAAUACAAAAAUAUAAUCUUACACUACCCGUGUACACGGGACAAGAUCAAGUUGCAGAAUUGUAGUUCAAGGAAAAUGUUCCUGCAAAAUAUGUAAUGGCUGCAAUGUAUAAGAAUAUUUGAUUUUUAUUAGUUGUUAAGUAUUAGGUUCAUGGGCUAUGUUUCACAUGAUUAUAAUAUUAUGUUUUGUACUACUUGCUAAUAAAAUGGUUUUCUGAUUG